CUUUUCAUGGCGUGAGCGCCGGGGCAAGGCAAGUAGCCGCUGCCCGGUGCUGCCACAGUGCCACCUGACCCCCCACCCCCCUCCCGGUCCCCGGUCCAUCCCAAACGCCGUUACGAGGCCGCCCCCCGCGACGGAACGGAAAGGUGCGGUCAACCCACCCCGGCCCCGCCCCACCACCGCCGGGGGCCGGGUGGAUAAACAAACCCAGCGCCCCCCCGGUCCCCUGUCCGUCUCAUUCCUUCUCUUCCUCCCCUCUCCUCGCCUCCAGCUGCAGCUCCCGCUCGCCGCUCCCCUUCAGCUGCGCGCGUGCCUGCGCGCGCCGCGGUGGCCGUGGAGGACAGCGCGAGGGACGCGCCGAGCUCGUGGUCCGUGCGGUGAUCUGAGGCCCGCGUGUCACCGGUGGCCCGGCGAGGCGGCGUCGGCUUUCACGAAUGGGCAGCUUGUAGCGGCUCUUUCUUUUGCAUAUGCACUUCCUACUGCUGUUGACAUUUCAAAGGAGGCCAUAGUCUCCUGGAUUUUGUAUGCCUUGCAAUCUGGAAUUGGUGACCGUAGAUGUCUUUUCGUAGCAUAGUCCGUGAUGUUAGGGAUGGUUUCGGCAGCUUGUCGAGAAGAAGCUUUGAGGUGACCCUCGCAAGCAUCUAUGGCCUUACUGGGCAUCACAAAGGGAAGACCCAGAGCUCAUUGCAUGAGCUCGAUGACUCACCUUCCAUAAUUCGUGAAAGCCGCUGGGCGAAUCUACCUCCUGAACUCAUCCGUGAUAUCAUACGGAGGCUGGAGGCUGAUGAGAGCACCUGGCCAGCACGGAAGCAUGUUGUUUGUUUUGCAGCUGUUUGUAGGACAUGGAGGGAGAUGUGUAAAGAGAUUGUGUUGAGCCCGGAGUUAUGUGGGAAGCUCACCUUCCCUGUGUCUCUAAAACAGCCUGGCCCUCGAGAUGGAAAUACAAUGAUUCAGUGUUUUAUAAAGAGGAAUAAAUCAAAAUCCACUUACUAUCUCUACCUGUGCCUUAGCAAUGUUGUUACUUCAGAAAGUGGGAAAUUCCUCUUGUCGGCUAAAAGACACCGGAAAACCACAUGCACAGAGUACACUAUAUCAAUGGAUUCUGGCAACAUCUCAAGAUCAAGCAGAACCUACAUUGGAAAAAUAAGGUCGAAUUUCCUUGGCACAAGAUUUUUAAUUUAUGAUACACAACCACCCUAUAAUGGGGCUGUAGUUCCUCCUUCCGGAAGGACCAGCAGAAGGUUCAACUCCACAAAAGUCUCUCCAAAGUUGCCUUCUGUUAGUUACAACAUCGCUCAGGUGUCGUAUGAGCUGAAUGUCCUUGGCACGAGAGGUCCUAGGCGGAUGCGUUGCAUCAUGCACUCCAUACCCGCCUCAUCAGUGGAGCCAGGUGGCAUUGUGCCUGGACAGCCAGAGCAGAUUGUACCUCGAGCUCUGGAGGAUUCAUUCCGCAGCACAGCUUCCUUCUCGCAGUCCUUCCGUAGCACCACCUCAUUGUCCAAGUCCAUCAUGGACUCAUCCAUGGAUUUCAAUAGCGCUCGCUUCUCUGAUAUUGGUGGCAGCAGCGCUCGCUUCACGGGCAUUCCUGGCAGCAGUGCUCGCUUCACGGGCAUUCCUGGCAGCAGUGCUCGCUUCUCGGGCAUUGCUGAAGGCAGAUUGGACAACGAUGAGGAGAGUGAAACCAAGGAGAGGCCAUUGGUGCUUCGCAAUAAGCCGCCUAGGUGGCAUGAACAGCUGCAGUGCUGGUGCCUCAACUUCCGGGGCCGUGUGACAAUUGCCUCGGUGAAGAACUUCCAGCUGAUUGCCGCGACAACCCCGCCACCUGCAGGUGCUCCAACCCCCUCCCAGCCUGCUCCAUCAGAUCCAGACAAGGUGAUUCUGCAGUUUGGAAAAGUGGCAAGGGAUAUGUUCACAAUGGACUAUCGCUACCCUCUCUCGGCUUUCCAGGCAUUUGCCAUUUGUCUGAGCAGCUUCGAUACAAAACUGGCCUGUGAAUAAAUGGAGAGCAAAGGUAAAAGACAACAGGUUGCCGGCAUUAGGCCUUUAGUGUACCUCUUUCCAUUUGACUCUCGUGUUAUCUUGGUUGUAAUUGUGCUUGCUGUAGCCAUGAAGUGGUCAUAUAUGGUGGACGCAUGUGUUGUUGGCCCCUCUCGUAAAGUGAUUACAAGUUGCAUUUGGACCACAUGUUACCAGAUCUGUAAUAUACUUGCAGUGGCAUUGCCGCGUGAAAGAAAGCUCCCAUUCGUGAUUGGGCUUGUAUGAUUUCAGAAAAGGGCAGCAAGUAAAGCUUGGUACGGUGUGCA